AAAAUUCAAUUUAAAUGUUCGCCUCUUCCUUUCCCCAGGACCCGACCAAUUCACAAGAUGCCUUCGAAAUCCUCCAGGUCCUCCAGCUCCAGCUCCGGCUGUGGCUGCCGCUGCUUCUCCUUGAAGACCCUCAGCUUCCUCGCCAUCUUCCUGGCGCUCUUCUCCGCCGUCUACCGCUACCUCGACGCGCGCCUCGAGCAGUUCUACAUCUUUGACCCAGAGCACCUGCACGACCUCUCUCAGCGCGCCAUCAGCACCCAUGGCGAAGACACCCGCUCCAUCGUCAACUUCAUUGUUGCCGAGCUCGAGCAAAAGGUGGGCCCUAACUAUCUGAGCACCGAGGAGGAGUGGGUGUUCAACAAUGCCGGCGGUGCCAUGGGCGCCAUGUACGUGAUUCACGCCAGUAUCACUGAGUACCUGAUCAUCUUCGGCACCGCCAUCGGUACCGAGGGCCACACCGGCCGCCACACCGCCGACGACUACUUCAACAUCCUCCAGGGUACCCAGCUGGCCUACGUUCCAGGCGAGUUCAAGCCAGAGGUCUACCCGGCCGGCAGCGUGCACCACCUGGUUCGCGGCGAGGUCAAGCAGUACAAGAUGGACGAGUCUUGCUUCGCGCUUGAGUACGCCCGUGGCUGGAUCCCUCCCAUGCUGUUCUUCGGCUAUGCCGAUACCUUCUCCAGCACCUUGGACUUCCCCACCCUGUGGGCUACCUCACGCAUUACUGCUCGCGAGAUGAUCUCCAACUUGCUGCAGUUCAAGCUGUAAAUUAUUUUACAGUUUUAGGAUUCUGCUAGAUGGAGCUUCUGUUCAUUGACAAGCCCCGAUAUUUUAUACGUGGCAUGUACAUCAUAGGAAUUGGAGGAUCAUGUUGGAUUAAGUGAUGGGGUGUUAUUUUUCGGCGCCGCAAAAGUUACUUGCGAGAUUACUUAAUGGGUACUGCAUAGAGAAUUAACUAAUGAAUGUUCGGC